CGCCCGCCCCUCGGCCCGGCCACACCGCCGCCGCCGCACUGCAGCUCCCGGCGGCCCCCGCUCGGGGCGCGCCUGCGCGGCCGGGCCUCGGCGGACAAAAAAACCUCUCCCUUCCCUUCCCCGCCCGCCCGCCCUCCCCUGGAGCGGCGCUGGGCUCAGCCCCACACCGUGAGGAGGCGGCCGGGCCCACCGCCGCGAGGCUGCGGGGAACUGCCUGUGCCGCACCCGGCAGCGCCUCCUCCGCCUCCUCCGCCUCGCCUCCAGCCCAGCGGGAGGGGGCUGUCCGCGCCCGGCGGCGGGAGGAAGAUGGCCCAGACUACCACACCAGCAACGUCCGUCCAUGAUGAGGACUCCUCUGAAAGCAGAAUGGUGGUUACAUUCCUCAUGUCAGCGCUCGAGUCAAUGUGUAAAGAACUUGCCAAGGCCAAGGCAGAAGUUGCCUGUAUCGCUGUAUAUGAAACAGAUGUGUUUGUAGUUGGAACUGAAAGAGGAAGAGCAUUUGUCAACUCUAGGAAAGAUUUUCAGAAGAAUUUUGUUAAAUACUGUGUUACAGAAGAGGAGAGGGCUGCAGACCUGCAGAAAACAAAGACCGUCCCCGCUGUAAACAGACUGACCGUGGAUGCUGUGGAACUGGAAGCUCUCAGAAAGUCUGUGGAGGACUUUUUCUGCUUUUGCUAUGGUAAAGCUUUAGGAAAGUCAACGGUGGUACCUGUGCCGUAUGAGAAGAUUCAGAGGGACCAGUCGGCGGUGGUGGUGCAGGGCCUGCCCGAAGGGCUCGCAUUCAAACAUCCAGCAAAUUACGAUGUUUCCACCCUGAAAUGGAUUUUGGAAAACAAGUCAAGGAUCUCAUUUAUCAUCAAAAGGCCUUUCCUAGAGCCAAAGAAACACCUAGGGGCUCAUAUGGCAGAUCCUUCACAUUCAAUUAUACCUCCAGGUGGAAGUUGUCCUAUUCAAGUGAAAACGGAACCAAAUGAGGAUUCUGGAAUUUCUUUGGAAAUGACAACAGGAACAGUGAAGGAGGAAUCAGAUGAUCCUGACUACUACCAAUAUAAUAUUCCAGGUCCUUCCGAAACAUCAGAGAUGGAUGAAAAAAUUGCUCUUGCAAAAAGUUACACAGAUUCCUCCCAGCACGCCCCGUCGGAAACAAGCGAGGACCCGGAGGUCGAGGUCACCAUCGAAGAUUCCUCCCAGCACGCCCCGUCGGAAACAAGCGAGGACCCGGAGGUCGAGGUCACCAUCGAAGAUGAUGACGAGUACUUGCCCCCUAACAAGAGACCGAAGAACACCGAGUCAGCUAAUGAAGCUGUCAGUACCGGGAAAAGAAAAGUGAGAGAGUUCAAUUUUGAGAAAUGGAACGCGCGAAUUACAGACCUGAGGAAGCAAGUUGAAGAGCUGUUUGAAAAAAAAUACGCUCAAGCUAUCAAAGCAAAGGGGCCAGUGUCUAUCCCGUACCCACUCUUCCAGUCACACGUGGAAGACUUAUAUGUGGAAGGGCUGCCAGAAGGAAUUCCCUUCAGGCGGCCAUCCACGUACGGCAUUCCCCGUCUUGAGAGGAUACUUCUAGCAAAGGAGCGGAUCCGGUUUGUGAUUAAAAAGCACGAGCUUUUGAAUUCGACACGAGAAGAUGUACCGUUGGACAAACCAGUUGCAGGAGUGAAAGAGGAGUGGUACGCCAGAAUCACCAAACUGAGAAAGAUGGUAGAUCAACUCUUCUGUAAAAAGUUUGCCGAGGCCAUGGGGAGCACCGAGCCUAAAGCUGUUCCGUACCAGACGUUUGAGGCCCAUCCUACUGACCUCUAUGUCGAAGGGCUGCCAGAGAACAUCCCCUUUAGGAGUCCCUCCUGGUACGGGAUCCCUCGCCUCGAAAAAAUAAUUCAAGUGGGCAACAGAAUAAAAUUUGUCAUUAAAAGACCGGAGCUGCUGACUCUGACUUCAACUGAAGUUAUUCAGCCCAGGUCGAACACCCCAGUCAAAGAAGAUUGGAACGUCAGGAUCACAAAGCUAAGAAAGCAAGUAGAAGAGAUAUUUAACACAAAGUUUGCCCAAGCGCUGGGGCUUUCAGAGGCAGUCAAAGUUCCCUAUCCCGUAUUUGAAUCGAACCCCGAGUACUUGUACGUCGAAGGUUUGCCAGAAGGAAUCCCCUUCCGGAGUCCCACCUGGUUUGGAAUUCCACGCCUUGAAAGAAUUGUCCGAGGGAGCGGCAAAAUCAAAUUUGUUGUUAAAAAGCCUGAGCUUGUCACUUCCUAUUUGCCUCCAGGACUGGCUAGUAAAAUAAACACUAAAGCAAUGAGUCCAAAGAGCUCAAAAAGGUCACAAAGUCCUGCAGGCAAUUCAAAGGUUCCAGAGAUUGAAGUUACUGUUGAAGAAGGUCCUAAUAAACCACAAACAACAGAUGUUCGAACUAAUUCUCAAACCAAUGGGUCCAAUAUGAGUUUCAAGCCACGAGGAAGAGAGUUCUCUUUUGAGGCGUGGAAUGCCAAAAUUACUGACUUAAAGCAGAAAGUCGAAAACCUUUUUAAUGAAAAAUGUGGGGAAGCGCUGGGGCUGACGAAACCAGUGAAGGUGCCGUUUGCAUUGUUCGAAUCCUUCCCGGAGGUUUUCUACGUGGAAGGGCUACCCGACGGGGUGCCAUUCCGCCGGCCUUCUACGUUUGGAAUUCCAAGACUGGAGAAGAUCCUGAGAAACAAAUCUAAGAUAAAAUUUGUUAUUAAAAAGCCUGAGAUGUUUGAGGCAGCUGUUAAGGAAAGUUCUGCUAUAAGCCCCCAAAGAAAAAAUAACUCAUCUAAUAUAGCCAAUACAGCAAGCACCACAACAAACACAGUGGUGAACACAGCCGCGGGCGUUGAAGAUCUCAACAUCAUUCAAGUAACUAUACCAGAUGAUGAAAGUGAGCGACUGUCAAAAGUAGAAAAGGCCAGACAAUUGAGAGAGCAAGUAAAUGAUCUUUUUAGCCGGAAAUUUGGUGAAGCCAUUGGUAUGAAUUUUCCUGUGAAGGUCCCGUACCGAAAGAUCACUAUCAACCCUGGCUGUGUGGUGGUGGAUGGGAUGCCUCCCGGCGUGACGUUUAAAGCUCCCAGUUAUCUGGAAAUCAGCUCGAUGAGGAAGAUUUUGGAAUCGGCAGAGUUUAUCAAAUUUACCGUCAUUCGACCAUUUCCAGGACUUGUGAUUAACAAUCAGCUGAUGGAAAAAACUGAAGCAGAAGCACCGCCAGCAGCACCAGCAGCAGCACCAGUACUACCAGGUGACGCAGAGCGUGGCGCGUGGCCCUGCAGAAGGGAGCCAGCUGAACCAAGCCAAAUAGAAGCAUCUGCAGGAGAUAUUAAAGAAACAGAAGAAAAUUCUCAAAUUAAGCAAGAACCAGACCCAACGUGGUAGACCUCAUCAAUACUGGUCAGAAGCUUCCAGUUCUGAGAAGAGCCUGCUGGGACUGUCUUGACCUGUGUAAUAUAACUGUAUAAGAGAAGUACCUUCUAUACAAAUCCCUUUUGUACUUUUAGAUAGAAAUGUCUACUUUUUCAGCAGUUCUGUGAAUUGACUUAAAGCGAAGAAUGACUGUAGGUUUGGAAUGGCUGGUUUUACUAUGGAAUAUAUUAUAAGGACUAAAUUUGAUGGAGCAGUGCUGGGGAGAUGACAGGGAUUAAAAUCAACAGAGACUUAGCAGAGCCUGUCUGCAUUUCCCGAUAAAGCUGAAUUUCACUGUACCCGAAUGCCUCUCAGCUUUUGUAAUGAAGAAAAAUUCCUGCAAGUAGUUCAGUUUGUUAGUUUUACUUGGGGGGGGGCGGGUAGAAUCAUUAAUUUUUGGUUCUUACUCCUUUAAUGGCUUAUCGGACAAUAGUAUCUGUAUAUUUGAACUAAUUUUUCCUAUGAUAUCUAUCACAAUUCAUAUGUUUUUCAUAAAUAAAAGACAAACUGGUUCACUUGACCGUUAGUACACGUUAAUGAGAUGGACUGUGAAAUGGUCAGUAUUUCAGUGUGUGGUUUAGGAACCAAAUUCAAUUAAACCCUGUUACAGUUUGUUCCGUUAAUUCCAAGUAGCAAGUGCAUGUUUUAUCAGAAUACCUCGUGGUUUAUAUACGGUGGGCCUGGUCUUGCAGUCCUAACGUAGGCAAAACUCGCAUGGACCUCUGAGGGCGCUUUUCUUCCCUUCGUCUAGAACUAGUUUCGGAACGUAUGCUACAAGCUGCUCUAAGUCCUACCGUGUCAAAAGUUAAGUCCUCUCUAGUCCUGGUUAUGCCCCACAUGAUGUGAGAGACUCAUGUUCACAUUUUUUUUUAAGUUUCAUAAACGGUAAGAGAUGUAAAGUUCUGGCUAUAUGAUAAUCUCUAUAGAGAAGAUACAGACGAAUGUAAAGGUUUCUCUUUUAUUGGCAUGAGUUUGGGAUGACUGCGUUAUGCACAAAUGGUAAACCUUAUUCCCUGAUUAAGAAAUAAAGACUUUUCUGAUGGUUUUCAUGACUGUCCAUGCAGUAUAUGUUUACAUGUUUUGCAACAGAUUAAGUUCUAGAGGUAAUUCUGUAGGCAGGUAGAACAUGCUGGAGCACAGUUACUCGUUCCAGUGAAGGAAGUAAGUUCCUUCAGACAGAAAUCCAGCGCCGGGUGGGUGAGGUUGUUGUAUCUUCAAGGAAAAUUUUGAAGCCUUCAAUUCAAUGGGAUACAGCGUCUGUUCCUUGGGAGCAGCUUGAAUUUGGGCAGAGGAAUUGAGAGCAGCGCGCGCUCUCUCAUUCUGGAGGCAGGGGAGGGCGGUAGGACGUGUGUUUGCGUUUCCACAACAGCUACGUGCAGUUCUAGGUGCUCCCACUUAAAUAUCGGGAGCUCGUGCUCUCGGUGUCAGCAGCAGCAGGGUUAGCUCCACGCCCAGUCAUUUUGAAAACGCUCGUCCCAGUUGUACCUUCCAGCUCUCCAGAUGGACACGGGUGGUGACCGAUGCAGUGCUGCCUUCCUGCCUCGGCCAACAGCCCCUGUCCCGGUCCCAUGGGAACGAGCCCCGUGACUUUACUUACCUGUUAACUCUCAGCUGUGUGGGGCCUGACGUGUUUCACUGCUGAUUCCUGUAAUAGACGUGCUCAGUUAACGUACCUCCAUAAACAGGUUGUUAUCAGGGCAACGGCCAGUUCCGCGAUUGCUGCUAGGAAUAUUUAGAAUGGGGAAAUGACUUAAUGCAGCUUUCCCUGGGUUUUCAGCCGGCUCUCGACUUCCCCUUUUGAAAAAGCAGAAGGCUGGUCAAUCCCUUCUUCGCCCUCAGCUAUCUUUAGGAGGCCCUUUUUGCACAGCUGCCUGCCCAGCGAGGCCACAUAUUGCUGAUGGAGUCGUUAGCGCUCGCUCCAAAUGAGGGUGAGGCAUCAGAGGAAAAGAACUGUGAAAAUAAGUAAUUCCAAUCCAGUUUAUACCAGCAGAGUGUGAACAUCCCACGGACGUGUCGUGCACUUUGCGUGCAGGAGCUGAAAGAAAAACAGAGUGAAACUAGAGGCAGUGGUUUUUGCGGGAAGGACUGGGGAUGGUGUGCGUUGUGUCCGUCCGGCCGCUGGGCGUGCAGGAAUGCUGGUGGCUGUGUCGGCAUUCAGUGCUGAAGUCUCUUUUUAGUCUCAGACAUUUUGAGUUAUAGCCAGUAAAGAGAAAUUAAACUGACAAAAUAAUCGCACCACUAUUUACAAAUUCCAAAUAUCAUUUUUAUAUUAGAAAAAUUUUAUCUAUCUCUAUAUAGGCCUAACAGGUAGCAGGCUUUUAAGAUGUUGAUCAUGUAUGAAAAUCUCACUCAUUUCCAAACUAGUAAUAAAUGAGGCGUGCCACUCCUUGGGUAUUUAGUGAGAAUGCCCUAAAAAGCCUUGUUGUACUAAUAAACAAAUAAAUAAAUGAAAUUGCAACAACUUA